AUGCCAUCUGCGCCUCCUCGCAAGCCUGAGACAGGCGCGGCAAACAAGGAGGAGAACAUCUACAUCCCAUCUUUCAUCAGUAAAAGACCGUUUUAUGCCGGAGAAGAAGGAGACGAUAACGACUACCUCAAGCAUCAGCGACGAGAGGAGAAGAAGGAAUCAUCUCAAUGGUACGAUCGAGGGCGGAAGUCCGGCCCAGCCGCUACGAAAUACCGAAAGGGCGCUUGCGAAAACUGCGGCGCAAUCACACACAAGGCCAAGGAUUGUCUGAGUCGCCCUAGGGCCAAGGGUGCCAAGUGGACCGGCAAGGACAUACAGGCCGACGAAGUUAUACAAAACGUCAACUUGGGGUGGGAUGCCAAGCGCGAUCGAUGGAAUGGUUACGACUCGAGGGAGUAUCGCAGCGUGGUGGAUGAGUUCAACCAGAUGGAAGAGUUCCGCAAACAGUCGCAAAAGGCUCAAACCGGGGAAGAAGGAUCCGAAGACGGCGACAAGUAUGCCGAGGAAAACGACAUGAGUAAACAUCAGAGCACGGCAACUCGCCAACUGAGAAUCCGAGAGGAUACCGCCAAAUACCUCCUUAAUCUCGAUUUGGAGUCUGCAAAAUACGAUCCAAAGACGAGAUCCUUGGUCGACGGCGGAGCCACCGGUGGCAAAGCUGCAGACCUCUUUGCUGAGGAAGGCUUUAUGCGAUCAUCGGGUGAGGCCAGGGAGUUUGAAGAAGCACAGAGAUACGCCUGGGAAGCUCAAGAAAGAAGUGGCAACACAUCACAACAUUUACAAGCAAACCCCACUGCUGGUGCGUUUUACCGGAAAAUCGAGCAAGAAGAAAUCGAGAAAAAACGUGCAGAGCGUGAGAAACAACUCAAGGAGAAGUAUGGAGGAGAUGACCAAAACGCCAUGCCUGCUGCUUUGCGCAGCACGAUGGUCACCGAGUCAGAGUCAUAUGUGGAGUAUGACGAAGCAGGCUUGAUCAAGGGAGCGCCGCGAAAAGCCGCCAAAUCGAAGUAUGCAGAGGAUGUAUUAAUCAACAAUCAUACUUCUGUUUGGGGAAGCUGGUGGUCCGAUUUCAAAUGGGGCUACGCAUGUUGUCACUCAUUCGUGAAAAACAGCUACUGUACCGGAGAAGAAGGCAAAGAGGCCUGGGAAGCAGCUGAACGACAAAGAAGCGGCGCAAAUUUGAUUGAAGCUCCAAAGGAGGAGAAGGAAGGUUACGCUCCUGAGAAGACCGCCCAGGAGCAGCGGGAAGAAACCACGGCGAAGAAACGCAGUCGGGAAGAAAUGCUGAAUGGUAUCUCAGAAGCGGAGUUGGAUGAGUACCGCAGAAAGAAAGCGGCGGCGGAUGAUCCAAUGGCAAAAAUGCUGGGGAAAGAUGAAUUAUUAACUUAG